UUCAAUAGUGUAAGCUAAAACUUAUCCCUUUUUCGCUCGACUUUUGAUAGAAAGCCUUUUUUGAGAUUGUGGGUGAUAAAUCCUCUCCAAAUUCGAGACCCCUCUCCCCAAUUCGAAUUUCUUGCCACCGGUUUGUUAAAAACUUGCCAAAGCGACCUGGUUUUUCCACUGGAUAUUAAUCAGGCUCUAAAUCUACCUUGGAAUGGUCCCGAGGGAAAUUUUUGUAACGGCCACUUUCCACCUCGUUCCUUUUUCACCGUCUUUUCGGCAACCAACGUGGAACCAAUCAUGAGAUUCAACGGGUCCCCCCUACUCUCAUAAUAAUGGGACGCAUCAAAAUAUUUCGGCCCUAGUGUACCUGCAAAGAUUAUGAAGGGCAUGGACACGGUCCUUACGGACAAGACCAAUAAAUAAGGCCUAUGAAAGUGAAUGAGGACCACUCAUUAAGUCAGUCUGGAUGAUCAUGAAGUGGAUAUCGGACCACCGCGUUCAUCUAUCCAAUGUCAUUCGGAGGCUUUCUUGGUUCUGUCAUUGGUCGUGCUCCGUCUCAAUCUAAUGGCUCUGGAACGACAAACACACGGUGGCUCUCUGGCAAAUCAUUUUGGCCUUUUCUUAUGGUGUCUUCACAUGAAAGACCGUGUUGGUCAUAAUUUGUUCUCCUUUCGAGGGAGAGAGCCGACCCGUGAUGAACUGAACAGUAGUUACCGAGGAAGAAAAUGCACGAUCGUCCAAGGACUAGGUCCUUCGCUCCAGAAUGGUUAUUCGGAGAAACCAAUUAGUCCCUAUUUCCUCCUCAGGGCGAAGACGUUAGAGUCGAAGCAAGGACGAGUGCGUGGACCCAAGGCAUAAUCACAUUUAUUGAAUCGAACCUGAUCGAAUUUGGGCUUGAGGUUGGGCUGGAGCAAAAUGGAAGACAACUUCAACUUAUUGCCCUUGAAGUGAGAGUGGCGGCUCCCAUCGUGGAACGAGUUGAGGAACAAUGGUACGCUCCAUUUUCACUUAUAAAAAUGAUGGUUCAAAAUAUUCGCUCUUGAAUUGGAAAAGAAGACCACGAAGAGAGGAACCUGGGAUGGUGAAGAUAUUCGAUGAGUUAUGAGGGCGGUUUAUCAAAAGGUCCUGGCGUAGGACUUCCCUGGCAUUGCAAACUGCACGUACAUGCAGGAAGCCGCGAGGACGAAUCUCCGUUUGAAGAUGAAAACGAUGGAGACCAGAACAGCACAGGGACACGAGGCACGUGAAGAUUGAAUUCCUCCACCUUCGGCAAGAAUACGAGCCUGACAUCUCCUGCCUUGGGCUAUUGGAUCGCUUGUCCUGUCCCACCAUGCAUGCCAUCCAAGGAGCCAUGGCGGUUCGUCGAGAGCGCCAGAAACGCGACACGCGACGGCUCUCUCAGCUUCGGAGACGGGAUUCAUUAAAUGACAGUCAGACCACUCUUGUGGAUGAUGUGCAACCCCCUCCGAAAACGGAGACCUCGCUGACCGCCUUCCACCUGGGGGUGGUGUUCAUCUUGUUGGGCUUCCUCAUGGUAUUCUCGAGUAUGGUGCCGAGUUCGGUGGUGGAUGCCGACUCGUCUCGCUUACUGGGCGUGGGCACCACAUUCAUUAUGGUGGGCCUCAUCAUGGUCAUGGUCAAUCGGAUCAUCACUCAGCGGGAAGAGGAGGAGCUCACCCGGUACGUGCGACAUCGUUUGGGACGCACUAGGUCUGGUCACGCAUUGGCCAGAGAUUUAGAAUCGGGCCAUCCUCCCCAUCCGCCAGCGCAAAAAACUCGGGGCAAAAAAAGCAAGUCCAACUCAUCGUCAACCAAUGGGCACCACAAACAACAGAGACAAUCAAAAAGCCCGUCAAAGCAUCACGUGCCCGCCACCACGGACCGCAAGCUGUCGGGGGGCAAGCGAGGCCCUUCGGUCGAUUCCAUCGCCUCCAUAUCCGUGCAGAAUGGCAAGCUAGCUUUGGUGAAAGUUUCGACUGACCUGGCUCCUGCCCCACCUGAAGUUACGACCCAAGGGGUUGCGAACUUGCCUCCCACUCCUCCUUCUCCUCCUCCUAUUGCCAAUCAGCCUUUGUCGUCGAAUCUGCACGAUCUAACCUCGAACUUGAAUCCUCCCUUGGCCAAAUCCGAGGAAACAGACCGACUCCUAGAGGCAACCAUCCCGGAGGAGGAACCCAUGGAGCUGGUGGCCUCGCCUCCGGUCAUGAUCAGGACCAAAUCUGGGGCGGUCGUGAUGGUUCCCACUUGUGUCAGAAUGACCCCACCUUUAUCGACUCCUCCGCUUUCACCGCCCGUGUCAUCUAUUUUGAAGAGCGGUUCUAACGAUUCACAACCAGCAGAGAGGGAAGACGCGCUUCUGGAAACUAGUUUCCCCGUGAAAAGAACUCCCUUAAGUUAAGACCUUGCUUGCUCUCACUUCCCCGUCUGUGGUGCCAAAUUGAUUGUUAUCACCAUUCAUAUCAAGAUUCCAAGGGAUUUGGAACUGGGUCUUGGCUUAAAAAGACUGCUCUUGAUAAGAGUAUGAAAAGACUUCAGUGUCAAGUGGUUCCAACUUGGGCUCGUUCCCACAAUCACUCUCACUCGUAUGUCGCUCCCUCAAAAAAAGGGCUCCUCGUUCUCUAUCUUUCUCCACUCUCUCUCCCAUUCCUGUGAUGUGAUAUCAUCAUUGAUACUGAACGUUGGGGACAAAAGUGCCUCCAGUCUGACUAAAGAGCAAUCGUGGUUGCUGAUACUUUCCACAUGGCACAUCACAAGUUCCAAAUGGUUUUGGAUCUGACGAAAGGCGUCUGUCUUCUGCAUCGUCAUUUUCGUCAUUAUUAAUAAUGUAUUGCCCAGAAAGCUGAUAUAUGAUUGAAGAAGUCUUCGUGGAACCUGACCUUCUGGCCCGUAAAAAAAGCCUCAAGUCACGGAGGACUUGCCGAAGUACGAGCUUCUCGUUAGGCUUUUCUGGAAGCAACUGGGGAAUUGAUUGUGGUUGCGGUUGUGUGUGAUCAUCAAGAGCUUCAUCUACGUACAGGAUGAUUAUGAUGAGUUGUUGCUCCUCUUCUUUGAGGAGCCUCUGAUUCCAGGACUAUCAAGACACAGACGCAUUUUCGAAUUGUCGCGCACUGGCGCACUCAACAAAUAUUCGAGUUGCUCUUCUAUCGUCAAGAGUCCAGAGACGCCAUAUGUCUAUUAUCAAAUGCGUCCUUCAACUGGAUCCCAAUCCCUCCUCGGUCCCAAUAUCCAAGCCUUCUUUUCUUCUCCUUACAGUCAUAAAGAACAAAACACGGGAUUUGUUCCCUUUCCCCGUGGAUCUUCGUCCCAUCUGCAGCAAUUAUCCUCUUCAUUUUGCUCCUCAUAGAGGUUCAUGAAUGUUUCAAUAGGAACUGAUUUUUUUUGAGCAAAACGUCAAACGUCCGCAACGUAAUUGAACUUGUGGGCUCGGAUGACUCCUCAUGGAUGGCUCUUUGGCGCUCGCGUGGAGUUUGUUUCGUUCAAAUAUCAAUAGUCUACCAAUGAAUCAAUCAAUUCUCCUUUCCAGCACGUGACAAUCUCAUAAAAGCUAAAACAGCCCAAACCAAUUCAAUUUUCCGCUCUUGCUAAACUCGUACUGUACUAGUGAUGAUCCAAGUCUUGCGCUUAGUUCAAUCCUCCAUAGCAUAUUCCGAAUCAUUUCUUGAUCACAGGCUUGCGCUUGAGCUCCUCCGACUCUACCUUUCUUUGGAAUGAUACAAAUGAAGAAAAUAUCUUGUCAUAAAUUAUUCUUAUUGGAUCAGUUCUGUGAUAUGCAUUCAAGAAUUACCGCGAUUCAUAAAAGCAACUUUAUUCCUACUACUGAACUACGUAGAAGUCCGAUCAAUGCCCGGAGUUUCGUCUCUCCCUUCUUUCUCUCUUUCCCCAUUGAUCUCCUGCUAAGACACAUCAUUGUUGUUUCCAUUCCUUUGCUAUAUCGACAACAUUCACCUAUGAAAUAGAAACAUAAGUCACAUGAG